AUGCUCGCUCCCUCUCGAGGCUUUGCAGGCGGGAGCACGGCUGCUUGGGCUGGACGCCGCAAGCAGACCUGGGAGGCGCCCCGAAGUAAAGUCAGUGCAGUGGCUGGAGUCCAAGCAGCAUUGCCCACGCAGGUGGAUUACAUUCCAUCACAACAAGAUAUUCUGCUUGCCAGGAGACCCACCAAAGGCAUUCAUGAGUACGACUUUGAAAUUAAAAAUGUUCCUUUCAAAAUGGUUGAUGUGGGUGGUCAAAGAUCAGAGAGAAAACGAUGGUUUGAAUGCUUCGACAGCGUGACGUCAAUACUUUUCCUUGUUUCGUCAAGUGAGUUUGACCAGGUGCUCAUGGAAGACCGACUGACCAAUCGCCUUACAGAAUCUCUGAACAUUUUUGAAACAAUCGUCAAUAACCGGGUUUUCAGCAAUGUCUCCAUUAUUCUCUUCUUGAACAAGACAGAUUUGCUUGAGGAGAAAGUGCAAAUUGUGAGCAUCAAAGACUAUUUCUUAGAAUUUGAAGGGGAUCCCCACUGCUUAAGAGACGUCCAAAAAUUCCUGGUGGAAUGUUUCCGGAACAAACGCCGGGACCAGCAGCAGAAGCCUUUGUACCACCACUUCACCACUGCCAUCAACACGGAGAACAUCCGCCUCGUUUUCCGCGACGUGAAGGAUACCAUUCUUCACGACAACCUCAAGCAGCUCAUGCUACAGUGAUGUACAAAAGACUGGCCGUUUUCAUACCUUUUGUCCUUUUGAUUGUUUUCUGUUUGUUUUGUUUUUUAAAAUAGCAGUUUACAACAGGAAUUAGAAAAAUCUUGAUUCUAAGUUUAACUUCUUGGAAACCUUAGUCCUCCUCCUGCCGACUUUGGUUUGUGGCCGAAAGCUGCUGAAUAACACAUCGCCGAUACCUGUUGACGUUCAGCCUUUGAUCUGUUUCACUGUGGCUUCCCUUUGAGGGGGUUGUAGUUUCCUGCCAAGCCUCUGACUAGGUAGAGUUCAGGCUUCAGCUUCUCCCACUUCUCAAAUUGAAUUCUGUAGUGCCAAGUAUGGAAGGUGUCCUCGAGUCUUUCUUGGUAUGAGGUUAAGGAUACUCAGUUCUAAAACAAGCAAGAUCCCUUUUAUCUGCCUUGUGCAUGGCGGCGACACUUGUCCUAGCUUUAUGGUGACCUUGUUUGAAAGGGCUAUUGGGAAAAAGUUUGAUCUAAGGACUGGCAUUCUGUAGCUUGACACAGAUUUAGCCUUCGUGUUUUUUUAAUUGCUUACAUAGCGCCAGUUGUUUAGUUUUAAAAUUUCUGUGGUUUCUGAAGGUAAUGUUCUUAGUGUUUUACAGUUUACAUAAGGAUUCCUGAUCUGACGCUAAUGGAGGUUCACAAAUGGUACGGGGCAGGGGGACGGGGGCAAGAGACAAGCCAAGGCCCUACAAGAGUGUUGGAUGCAAAAUAAUCAGUGGAAUAUAAUGGGCCCUUUCAUAUUUAAGUCUCAUGUAAUAAAUGUGCCAUAUGUGAAACAUUCUGGCCAUAGCAGCAACUGUAAAGAUCGCAGGUCACUUGAUAACAGAGCUUUCUGAAUAAACAUACCCUUUCCAGGCUGUGACGUGCUUUACGCUCACGCUUGCAUGCCCUGCCUCGGGGGACUCGGGUCCUGGCUGCGGAGAAGCACUGUUGUACAUCACAGACAUCUUUCUUUCGUUCCCCUGUCUGUUCCCAUCAACUCCAGCUGUGGCAUUUCUGGGAGCUUUUGUUUAGUUGGAGUUUGCCAAGAGCAGUGUUUUCCUGUCAGACGACCCAGGAAGGCAUUAUUUGAGAUUCCUGUUUGUUCUUGGUGUGUCCCUAAAAGAUACAUGUACAUGUUUAUAUCAUUAUUGCUUAUGAAAUUCUGGCUUUAUUGAGGUACAUUUUGAAUGUCUUGAGGAUACUUCUAAGAAUAAGUAGUAAUUUUUUUUAGCUCACACCGAAAGAUGAUUACAUUUGACCUCUCCUCACCACUUAGAUGAGACGAGAGCAUACCCUUGAAGACAAGUAUGGUAAUAGUGACCUCCUCAGAGGGGCUGGUUUGCAGUACUGAGGAUACUGCCUUCUGGGUUGGGUGUGUGUGAGACCGGGACUGGAGAAGCAAAUGCCCAAGGCUGGUGACAGUUGGGAAAAUCGGACAGCUUUUCUCCUUUUCCUGAAAAUUGUGAUUAAGACUGUGAUAUCUGUCACUUUACUGUAGAGCUGUGUUCUCAGGUAUUCUGUUGGCUACAAAGUCCUUGAAAGAUUGGUCAACAUUACGGAUCACGCAGCCUUUCCAAGACCGUGGCUCUUGGUCUGUUUGCUGUCUAGUGUGAGAGUAGGGCUUUUCAAGGAGCUAACCAGGGAUUGUUCUUCACCAUUCCUGACUUUUCUUGCAUUUGAAGUUCCACCAUCAUUUUAUCCAUAGCAACUUCCAGUGUGUCCAUGCCUUGGUCAUCCUCGAGCUACAGACACGUAGCCCAGCAUCAUAAUGCAAGUCUUCAUAGUAUAUAGCUCAUGCAUGUUUGAAUAGUUCUACAUCCAGUGCUUCUUGCCAAAAAGAAUAUAGUGUUUAAAUUCACAGAAUUAGAAUAACUUCAGUGCUAGUGGAUAUCUGAAUAGGCGCACAGUAACAUUCAAACUUUUUGCUGGAGAGUCUACACGUGAAUUGUGCAAAUAGUUUAAUUGAAUGGCCCAAACCAUUGAACUCCAGUGAAGGCUAAAGUAAGUUCCCUGUACAAGGGGGAAACUUAGUCUUAUUUAAGUUAUAUUUAAGAUCUGUGAUAGAAACCAUAAAUACUGCCUGACAAAGCAGCAAUCACCAAGUUAUCCCGUUUUGACUACCACCAAGAGAUGUUAAAACACCAAAUAGACACGGUAUUAUUUUGGGUAUUUGUGAUUUUCUUUCCUGAUGUUUGUGAUGUCUCAGAUGUCUCAAUGUUCUUUUAAAAUAAAAUCUAGACUAUAUUUUGAGGCAGCAGAGUACUUCUACUUAACGGCCGACUUGUUGAGACAGUGGAAGUGUGAGUCUCAGUCUGAAGACUUUAGCUCACAUUUUUUAUAGACUGUACUUUAAAACCAUUUGAAGGAGUCUUAAUACCUGUAUUAUGAAAACUAGAUCCUUUUGAAAUACCAGUAUAUGAAGAAGGAGAUGAAAUUUAGUGAACCAAAUUAAAAAGGUGCUCAUUGCUUUCACUAUGCCAGUUUCCCCUCAUCUCUAAAAAAGUGGUUUAAAGUUCUUUAGUCUGUUUGCUUUUUUAAGUCUUAAUGAUUAUGAUUUGGAACAAAAUGUGCCUAAUUCUCUAGUACAUUGUAUUCCUGAAUCCAAAUGUCUUCUCAUUGAAUUCUUAAGAAAUGUCACAAAAGUGCCCUCAUUGGCCUUGAAGAAAUAUAUAAUAUACAGAGUUGCCUUAUAAAACAAAGAACACCACAAAUUUGGGCCUUGAUUUUCAUAGGGAAAAGGUUUUGCCAAGUGUUUUCUGAGGCUCCACAUCAUGUAAGGCCUACCUCUGCCACUUCAAUACUGUUUUUUUUAAUAACCCGAAUUGUUGCUUUCUGCCAAACGCUGUAUGACGUGGCGGUCUUCACUUCAGUGUUACUGUCUGGCGCGGGCACUUGGUAGCUGGAGAGCGGCCGCCGCUGGAGAAGGUGAGGAGGAUGACAAAGCUCACCCAUUGCGUGUUUUGUUUUCUUUGAAGUUGCACCGACGCAUCUUACCCGGUGAAGAUCCUCUGGUUAAUCUCUUAAGUUGAGGUGGUUUAGGGAAAUCCUUUUUCGGCUGGUGGCAGUGGUUGGUUUAAAGUAGAAGGAAGUAAGUGUAUGUCAAUACCAGAAAUGAUUAGAAGUAUUGAUUUAGAUGCAACAGAAAUCAUGCGCCCUGUCAUUUUUUUGUAAGAGAGAAUGAGUAAAUCUGAACUUCCAGUGUGUACCCAAGUACUUGUAUUUAUGCUUUUGAUAAAAAUGUAUUUUCUGCCUUAGUACACAUAUCCGGUUAUGCCUUAUUUAUGUGAAGAAUGAAGUUACCAAGUCAUGUUCUGUUACGUUCUGAAAUUCAGAUCACCAUUCGAGAAAGCCUCAAAUUGGUGCUUUCAUUAUGUAAUGAUCCAUUUAGACAAAACCCCAAACCAAGCCAUUUGAAACAAGUCUCUCUCCAUUGCAAUUUGUAGCAAUGUUAUUUCUGUCUGUGUAAUAAGAAGGCUAAAAAAUCAGUGUUAACUCUUAAUUUCUUAUUUGAAUCCAUGAAAUCAUGCCUGUAAAGCUCAAACAUUUGUAACAAACUCCCCAAUAAAUCUAGAGAAAGUCA